AUGGCUCAUAGAAAGAAUAAGCUUUCCCUUGGUUCUGUUAUGUUGGUGUUUGUGCUUAUCCUUCAACCAUAUCUUAGCUGCAGCCAAAAGUUGCUACGUGAUGAUCAUGUUGACAAUGCCCCCAAGAAUAGUUGCAAGUUCGACCGAAUCUACAGCCUUGGAGAUGCUACGGCUAAUACGGGAAACCUAGCUGCCAAAGUCCCUGACAAUUUAUUCAACAAAUUUCCUUAUGGGAUCACUCUUGGAAAACCAACCGGUCGAGCCUCUAAUGGUCUUCUUAUGAUUGAUUAUUUUGCGUCGACAUUUGGCGUACCAUAUCUUAAUCCAUACGAGGGAGGAGUUGAGGGGGCAAAUUUCGAUCAUGGAGCCACUUUUGCUGUCGCAGGUGCUACUGCUUUACCAGUUGAGACCUUACAAGCUAAGGGUCUUCCACCUCACGAUGAAACCUUUGACGGUUGGCUCGCGACCAAAGGCCUUCAUCUUCACUUCGCCACUAAUAGUUCGCUCAACGUGCAAUUGGAGUGGCUGGCAUCUCAUUUGAACCAAACUUGUCAAAGCAAAGAAGCAUGCCAGGAUUUGUUGAAAAACUCAUUGUUUUUCGUAAGAGAUAUUGGAACAAAGGAUUACAGUUAUGGACUCCUUUGGCUUGAAGGUGCAGAGUGGGAUGCUCUUUACCCUAUAGUGCAAAAUAUUGCACAAGCUGUUUGA